GGAAUCAUAUUAUUAAUUCUUUAUAUGACGGACACAUUUACGCGUUUCUUUGUUGCUUUGCUUUGAAAUUAAGGAUGUAAGAUUGAUUAAUUAAUCACUAAUUUGGUGAAGUGAUAAACCAGUUAGUCAUCGAUGGUGGAAAUUUCGUAUUAAUUUCUUUGUUGCUUUGCUUUGGUUUUAUAAGGUUGAAUUAGGUCCAAUAAUCUCGAUUGUAAGAUGGCAUUAGAGUCUCCUCCACGAUAUGUUGGCCCGCCUGUUAUCAGGUUUCUGAUUUGGCCAUCUACCAUUUAUAUCUGCACCUGAAGUCCAAUAAAACUGUUUGUUAAGAAGUCUCACAUCUGUUGCGGGAUAUGAUCGGAGGAGGAAGUAUAUUUUAAUUGGAGAUAAUUUUUGAAUUAUAUGCUCAAUUGAUAAUUCUGUAUAUAUGAUUAUUUUCCUUGAUUGCGACGUUGGAUUUCAUUAAUUUGCAUAUAAAUUUGAAUACUUUGCCUCUUCACUUUGCUCCUCACAAAACAAUUUAGUAUUUCAAAUUUUUAUAUCUUGUCUAAUGUCGGAUACUAGUAGUGCUACUACAACUACAAUUGAGGUUGUUGUGGUCAUAGUGGUAAUUGUUGUUAAGGUUGCUAUUUUGGUUUGCGUGUGUAGAAGAAGAAAUCAAACGAGUGGUGGAACUAUUAAUCCAGUAGAUACACAAUUUAUAACACUCACUAUGGAUAAAUUUUUGAAUGACAUGGAAAGAGAGAAACCAAUAAGAUUCAGUGGUCAACAACUAAGAAUUGCAACAGACAAUUACUCCAACAUAUUGGGGUCAGGUGGAUUUGGAACAGUUUACAAAGGAAUUUUCAGUAAUGGAACAAUGGUAGCUGUGAAGGUUCUACGCGGUAGUUCUGGCAAGAAAAUUGACGAACAAUUUAUGGCAGAAGUGGGAACAAUCGGUCGAAUUCAUCACUUCAAUCUUGUUAGGUUAUAUGGAUUUUGCUUUGAAAGAAAUUUGAUAGCACUUGUUUAUGAAUACAUGGGGAAUGGAUCACUUGAUUGGUAUUUAUUUGACGAAAAAAAGGCUUUGGAAUACGAAAAGCUUCAUGAGAUUGCAAUUGGUACGGCGAAAGGCAUAGCUUACUUGCAUGAAGAGUGCCAACAUAGAAUAAUCCACUAUGAUAUAAAACCUGGAAAUAUUCUCUUAGAUAAGAAUUUUUAUCCUAAAGUCGCUGAUUUUGGUUUGGCCAAACUUUGCAACAGGGAAAAUACUCACAUAACAAUGACUGGAGGAAGAGGGACGCCUGGUUACGCCGCACCUGAACUUUGGAUGCCAUUUCCUGUAACUCACAAAUGUGAUGUCUAUAGUUUUGGUAUGCUAUUAUUUGAAAUAAUUGGUAGAAGAAGAAACCUUGACAUUAAGAAUACUGAAAGCCAAGAGUGGUUUCCAAUUUGGGUUUGGAAAAAAUUUGAUGCUGGACUAUUAGAGGAAGCAAUGAUAGUUUGUGGAAUAGAAAAGAAAAAUAGAGAAAUUGCUGAGAGAAUGGUUAAGGUAGCUUUAUGGUGUGUUCAAUAUAGGCCAGAAUUAAGGCCUAUAAUGAGUGUUGUGGUAAAAAUGUUGGAAGGUGCAUUAGAAAUUCCAAAGACUUUUAACCCAUUUCAGUAUUUGAUGGAUGGGACUAAUAUUACUACUCAUUCAGUCCAAGGGUCAAAUACCUAUACAACUAGUGUAUCUUCCUCUGCCUCUUCUGUUAUGGUAAGUGAUUCCAAUAUUGUAUGUGCUACUCCUCUUAUGAAGAAGUAUGAAAUUGAAUUAGCAUCUAGCAUAGCAUGAUGGAAUGAAUCCAUAUAUGCUACUUCUAAGGAAGGAUUCAAUGUUAUAAUUAAGUUGUAAAAUACUUUCUUUUCUACCAUUUUGGCUCAAUGGAAUCUUUUUCUAUUUUGGUUUUUCUA